AUGUCGUUUGUAUUUCCGGGGCAAAAAAUCGUCCCUUCCAAUAAGAUCACGCCAGCCAGGUCCGAGGCGAUGCUUGCCGAAGCGGGGCUAUAUCGCAGCUUGGAAGAUUCGUUUUUGCAUGCCUCGCUUUUUGGAAGGCUCUCGGUCAUCAGCAGCGGAAAUACACGCUCAACGUCCUUUAGCAUUCUGCCCCCAUUCUGCAAUACCAAGAUUGAGGAUACACACCGCAUUGGUCCAGUUACUUCCCAUCCAAAGGCUGGUGAUUUGGUGAUCGGAAAGGUUACAAAAAUCUCACAGAGAAAUGUUUCCGUCACCAUUCUUCUUUUGGCCGUUGAUUCCACCAACUACUCGCGGUGCUCUGCAGGCCAUUCCGGAAUCAUUCGCCUGAAUGACAUCUAUAAUCGGAUUCUUGGAGAGAAUACACAGCACGUUGCCAUUUCUGCCUUUAGGCCCGGAGAUAUUGUUCGAGUUCGUGUGCUUGCAAUAGCAGAGGGAAAUAUCUACUACCUCUCAAGCGCCUCUGCAGAUUUGGGCGUAAUAUACGCACGUAACUCAACAACAGGAAAUCCUAUGACGCCCGUUUCGGCAGAAGAAAUGAUAUGUCCUUUAAGCAGUCAAAUAGAGCCAAGAAAAGUUGCUGCCGUGGACACAAUAAAAGACACCAAAUAA